GGAUCCUGCUCUGCCCCCCUGUUUUUUGGGUUGAUCCGCUCCCCUCCCUCGCUCGCUCCUCCUGCGGGAGCGCUGACCCGAGCGAAGGUCGAAAGCGAGGCUGCGCUGCGAUCGGCUCGCGGGUGCCGGCGGGUCGGAGGUUCGUGCCCCGGGGAGGGAAGAAAGAAUCAGUCAGCCGGUGACCCCCGCCACCUCCCUCCCCGUGCCCACCUUUUGCCCGCCAGCCUUCCCCCGGCAAUCUCUCUCUCCACCCUCCCACCUCACCCCCUUCUCCCUUCCCUCCUUCCCUGUUUUUCAUUCUCACCCUCCCUCCUUCCCCUCCGGAUGAAUCGGCUCCAGUGAAGACCCCGAAAAAGGACAACCCCGGAUUCCCGACUCAACUACACACACAACAAAAAAAAACACGCAGAGGACGCUGCUGUUGUCUCUUUUUUUCCUGGGGUGGCCCAAUUUUUGAUUUAACGUAGCUGGUGGUGUCCAGAUUGGAAGGCUGGAAGUCCACAGGUACCAAACGGCCCACAAUGCGCUGCUUAGCGUUUGCCGAAGGAAGAGUGUAAAUGGAUUUUGUCGAACGAGAGAGGAUGGCCCAUGGAAUUCCUUCGCAAGGGAAAAUUACCAUCACAGUGGACGAGUACAGCUCGAACCCGACUCAAGCCUUCACGCAUUACAACAUUAACCAGAGUCGCUUCCAACCGCCCCACGUGCAUAUGGUUGACCCCGUUCCGUAUGACACUCCGAAACCAGCAGGCCACACACGGUUCGUCUGUGUCUCAGACACUCACUCGCGAACAGACGGCAUUCAGAUGCCGUAUGGGGAUAUUCUGCUCCACACCGGCGAUUUCACAGAGCUGGGACUCCCCACGGAGGUUAAGAAGUUCAACGAUUGGUUAGGAACCCUUCCCUAUGAAUAUAAAAUAGUCAUCGCUGGAAACCAUGAACUGACGUUUGAUAAGGACUUCGUUGCCGAGCUAGUGAAGCAGGAUUAUUACCGCUUCCCGUCUGUCUCGAAGUUGAAGCCUGAGGACUUUGACAAUGUCCAGUCGCUUCUGACCAAUUGUAUUUACGUGCAAGACUCGGAAGUGACCGUAAAAGGGUUUCAGAUCUACGGCACACCGUGGACCCCCUGGUUUAAUGGCUGGGGCUUCAAUCUGCCUCGAGGUCAGUCCCUCCUCGACAAGUGGAAUCUAAUUCCAGAGGGUAUCGACGUUCUUAUGACUCAUGGUCCACCACUGGGUUUCCGAGACUGGGUUCCCAAGGAACUGCAGAGAGUAGGCUGUGUCGAGCUCCUAAACACAGUACAGAGGCGAGUGCGGCCGAAGCUACACGUCUUCGGGGGAAUCCACGAGGGUUAUGGGAUUAUGACAGACGGAUACACCACUUACAUAAAUGCCUCCACUUGUACAGUUAGUUUCCAGCCAAUAAACCCACCCAUUAUCUUCGACCUUCCAAACCCACAAGGAUCCUGAGUACUGGCCUUCUCGACAAAGUGGAGAGCCAUGAACUGCCAUUUUUUUUUCUUUCAUGGAAAGUGUGACUUUAAGAAAUAAUAAUAAUUCUGUUAAAUGUUUUGCCUUGUACAACCUGGUUUCUUUUUUGUAAAAAUGCUGGUACAAAUCGUAGAGAUUGUGCUGUUAAUACAGAUUGGUUCUCUUAAGGCUAUGUGAAUUUGUAAGGGCUGAACUAUGAUAUUCUGUUCGCAUCUGCUGGCUAAACUGUUUGAUAAUUGCAGUCAUUUGAAUGUCAGUUUCUGAUUUCAAUUGAAUUCCAAUAUCUGGGUGUUGGGAAUGAAGGUUCUAAAGAACCCACUUUGGACAACGAGACCCUGGGGUGAUGAGUGACUGUAAGUGUGGAUUUCUUCAGAAAUUCCUCUCUCCACUUUCCUAACCUUUUAACUGGAGUUUUUGCCCGGUUUUCAGCAAGUGGCUUAAGAAAAGUGGAGGAAGCAAUUUUAGAUGGACCAAUUGUCGCUAAGCGUCCCUGUGUUAGAAUCAUCCCCCAAUUCAUGCCAGCAGUUUCUCUCGGUCCUUCUGUUUAACUAGUCCCCUGUACUUCAAUUCUGUCAGAAAAGAAAAGGCCAAUAAGCUAAAGGCUUUAAUGAGUGCAAAUAUGUUCAUUUAUUGUAUGAGUUUAGCAAACAACUUAGUUCCUUCAGUUUUUAACUGUCUUUACCACUCCAGUUUAGUUUAUUUUUGUUUUGGUUAGAAUUUUUUUAUUAUUCUCAAGUAGCACUUAACAGCUGAGUAACUGAGAAACCAAUUGAAAUGAGCAAGUCUGACCAGCCUCAUGAGGAUGCGGGAUGUGUUUUCAUGGCUUCAUAAUGGAUUCAUCCCUCAGUCAAAUCAUGGUGAAAUUUCCACCAGUAUUCUGUGCCUAAGUGGGGUGGGGAUCCACAAAGUCCAAGGUCAUGGUCAAAAGUUCAAUUUAAUAUCAGAGAAUGUAUUCAGUAUACAACCUGAAAAUAUUACUCUUCACAGACAUCCACGACACAGGAGAAAACCCCCAAGCAAAGAAUGUCAGAAACAUCAGGACACAAAAGCUCCGCUCCCCCCCUUCCACACACGAACAGCAGCAAAAGCACCGACCCCCCCCCCCCCCAACCAUUCAAGCUCUAGCAAAGCCCUCAAAGAGACUUAAUUUAGAGUUCAUCAAAACUACAGACCAUAUCCCAGCACAGUAGUAUCUCAGACAGGCUCUCGCUCACUAGCAAGGGAGAGAGAUCACUCCUGUAACAACAACGAGAGCUUGAGACCAGCUGUUUGCUAUUUUGACGUUACAAUCUUCCACAUUGUUUCUCCGAGUCUCCCAACUUGAGAACCGACAGGCUCUUUCACCAUCAAAAACGAGAGAGGGAGGAUCACGAGUGCAGGGACCUUCCUCCAACAGCACACCUGUACCAGAGAUCGGAUAAAGGAUGGGUAACGGAUCAGAGCAAAACUAUUCAGGCCAAUGUGCAACGUCAAUUUUGUCACACCUCUAGAGAUCAAAUAUGACCAAAGGCCCUUCAGAACUUACCAAGUCCCAACUCCGUUCAUGUUCAGCUAAAGGUUAUGCUGUCUCCUAGGAGGAUCACACAAUAAGUUGAUUGACAGGCGGAAUUUACAAUGGGAUCCCAAGCCGACCCUUAGAGAGAUCAGUUGUGUAACUUCACAGGAAAAGAUAUUCUGUGCAGUCAGCAUAAGGUGAGGGAUCAGCCUCACAGUGCAUUGCUCCUUUAAGAAAAUUAAUUCACUUCCUCUUUAAGCUAUUUCUCUCUCCCCAUACCUUUGUGAUUUCAGUCCCAAACCCACGGGGGCACCCCUUUACAUGUCCCAGCCUCAAACUAAUGUCAAGCACUUUCCCCAUUGACAUUUUAUAGAACCCCAUCUCUCAUCUUCACAAGCGUCUGCCAAAUGAAAGUUAGCCUCAGAAAAUCUGGUGUGCGCAUUGCAUGCGAAAACUUCAUUUGUUAAAUAGAACUAUUACCCCACUCGCUUUUGGAGAUUGCAUCUGUGCCCGGAGGUUUGGAAAUGGAAUAUACCGAGAGUGAGGACUGUUCUUCUUCAAUGCUGUAUGUAACUGCAUUCAUUGUAUUCAGCCAUAGCAGCUGCUCCACUCCACACUGUGCCCCAUGUCAGCACCUGAGUUAUAGGGAAAGGUUGAAUUCCCUAGAGCGUAGAAGAAUAAAGGGAGAUUUGACAGAGGUAUACAUCAUUAUGAGGGGUAUAGAUAGGGUAAAUAAAAGCAGGCUUUUUCCACUGCGGUUGGGUGACUAGAGUGAGAGGUUAUGGACUAAGGCUGAAAGGUGAAAUGCUUGAGGGGAACAUGAUGGGAACUGCUUCACUCAGAGGGUGCUGAGAGUGGCCAGUGGAAAUAGUGGAUUUGGGUUUGAGUGUAACAUUUAAGAGAAAUUUGGAUAGAUACAUGGAUGGGGAGCUAUGGAUACAUGGAUGGGGUACUGGUUGAUGGGACUAAGCAGAUUAAUAUCUUGGCGAAGACGACAUGGUCCAAAAGGCCUGUUUCUGUGGUGAAGUGCUCUGAGUCUAUAAUCCACCAAAGGUUUCCUCUCCACCAUGGGCAGUGCAUUGAAGAGCUUUUGCUGUAAUUCUGUGAUUCCUUGUAUUUAGAGUCAUAAAACACUUCAGCACAGAACAGGCCCUUCAGCCCAUCUAGUCUGUGCUGGACUAUUCUACCUAGACCCAUGGAUCUACAUCCGGACCAUGACCCUCAAUCUCAUUGUUUGUCCAAUAACAAUUACUUUCAAGGCACACUCACGUUGAAGUAAACUUGUUGUUUACAUCCAUAGCUAUGCGAGAUAACUGGUGACAGGUGAGAGGGAAGGAGAAUGGUGAGGGGGGGGAUAGGUGAAGGAGGUAAAGGUCUGAAGAAGGAAUCUGAUAUGAGAGGACAGUAAACCAUGGGAGAAAGAGUAGGAAUUAGGGAUCAGGGAAAGGUGAUGGGCAGAUGUGAGGGCAGGAUAGUGUACCCCUCACCCGUUCUCACAUUAUCUGCCAUCUUGUACUUCCCCCCAACCCCCCACCUUCUUAUUCUGGCUUCACCCCCUUCCUUUCCAGUCUUGAAACGUUAACUGGUUUGUUCAUUUCCAUAGAGGCUUCCUGGCCUCUGAGGUUCAUCUCUCAUUUUGCGAGUGUUGCUCAAGGUUUCCAGCAUCUGCAAAAUCUCUUGUGUUUAACAUUAGAAGCAAACGUUGGAGGGGAAUUUACUGGAGAGAGCCAACGUUCUGGGAAAUGUUCAGAUUCAGAUUCUCGUGUACAUCAUAACGUGCAGUGAAAAGUACCAUUUGCUUUAACAACCAACAUAACCCACCAUUGUGUUGGGGCAGCCCGCAGGUGUCACCACACAUUACAGUACCAGCGUACAAUACCUACAAUGCUCAGCACAAUGAGACAAACAACAACAGCAGCAAAACAACCCACCCCACUCAGACACACAGAAAAUUCUCCACCGUCUAGAAUAUUGAGGGGAAUUGAUCUUUUAAACUCACUAGACUAUUUUGAUUUCCAGCUUUGUAAUUAAGAUCCAGUUAAAGGAUUAUCCAAAGAGUAACUGCCUAUCUUUGAAUCUUCUCAUUCUCCAGUUUGACUCUCUUCAUUCACAGGAUACGGGCAGCAUUGGCACGGGCACCAUUUUCCCCACCACUGGUUGUCUCCCGUACAUGGUAACUUGCUGGUCUAUUUCACAGCCAAUUACUCUGAUGAGACUUAAGUCACAAGCAGGCAAGAUUUCAUCAUAUCUCCUUUACUGAAAGGCAUUAGAUGGUAAUUUUGACAAUCCAGUAGUUUUAAAUUAACUUUUUACUCUGGAUUUAUUUAAAUAAAAUUAACCUAAAUUCUGCAGUUAUCAUAGUUAGAUUUGAACUGUUGUCUGUGGAUUAACAGUCCAACCAUCGAGAAGUUAGAAUUUAAUGAUUCCAAUCCAGAACCAAGAAGGCUAGCAAAUGCCUGAGUGACUUAUGAGGAACUUUUCCAUCGGCGGGAUAGAUUCUUCCUUUUUGUGUUGCUUUCUGGAAAUCCAGUCGUUUGGGAGAAUGUGUUGAAUUUCCAUUUUAUGAAGUGAAUGGUGAUUGGGUGAUUGCCUGGCCGGGAAUUAGUCUCGUCAACCGGAUGCAUGUGAGACAGUGCUGCGAGUAUUGGCAGUCAUAUUUCGCUUGAAUGUGCAUUAGUGGGGAGAAUUAAUGAAUUCUUCAUAUACCAAUAUUUUUGGCUUACAAUGAAAUCGUUCACCAUGCUUCCUCCUUGAGGGGGCUGCUGGUUGAACAUUUCAUCAUCCUGACACCGAUUGGAUGAUGUAUGAUAAGGGCACCCUGCCUCUUCAUCAGGCUAAAACGGUUCUGCAGUGGCCAAACAGUUUCUUGGGCUAUGCUGUGCCUCUGGGACAAAAGCCAGGGCUGAUUAGAAUGACGACUUAAGUUUCCAGUUGCCAAGCAGUCAACCAUGUGAAGGUAAAGGUUGGACGCCAGAACAUGGUCUUUUCUGGGGGUGAACUAUAUUCCUAUAAAGCGUGCAAGGGAACCUCAGCUUUGGGGACCAGUGGUGUAAUGGGAGUAUUCCAUGGAUUUUUGGAGCCCAAGUUGGGACCUUUGACCUGGAGAAGGAACUCGGCACAAUAAUGUUCCAAUGUAGGCAAUGUGCCAACCUCUACAAGAUAUUUGGGCAAGUACAUGGAUUGGAAAGGUUUAGAGCAGGGGAUCCAAACUUCGGGUCCAUGGUUCAUUUGCUUAAUGAAAAAGGUUGGGAACCCCCAGUUUAGAGGGAGGUGGGCAAAACACAGGUGUGGGAUUAUUUAGUUAGGCAUUGAGGCCAUUAUGGACCAGUUGGCAUGACUCUCCAGGUAUUGCUCCGAGAAACUGGGCCUCUCCUGCUCUGACAGAGGCCCUAUAAACACCUUGACCUUGAAACUCUUAGGCACUUGGCUAAACUCUGCAAUAAAGGUACACCUUCACUUUCAUUAUCGCUUACUUAUUCAUGUGAUGGUGAUCUUUUUAAUUGUUUUUUUGCACUGUGUAUAAAGGCAAGCUUGUUCGCGCACACACAAUAAAAAAGUUACUUGCCCCGUUCGUUGUUUAAAGUCGAGCAUUCUAAAUGCUGCAGUUUUUUUGUUUUCUUCCCUCUCCUAUUUUCUUCUCUCUGUUGAACGGAAAUUAGCGGAUAGAAUUCUUUUGUUUCCAUAAAAUUAUUGUGAUAUUAUAUAUUUAGCAGCCUUUAUAUCUAAAUAAAACUACAAGAUUUUUACCUAGA